AUGAAUAAAAAGUCUCUUAAACUUUCUUCGAUUAUUCUUUUCUACCUGUUAGCAUUUUUGGCAUUGACUAUUAUUGUUGAUGCCCAUGGUAACCAUGGUAAAUGUAAAACUACAACUACCACUACAACAACAACGAUCACUAAAACCUCUUCAACCUGCAAAGCCACUCCCACUCUUAAACUUAAGCGUGAUAAAAGGGGCCACGGUCAUGGUCAUGGUCAUGGUCAUGGUGAUGGUGAUGGUGAUGAUGAUGGCCAUUGUACAAAAACUGCCACUUGUACGCAUACAAAAUUUGCAUGUGUUACACCACCACCUACUUGUAUUCUUGAUGGUAAGCCAUGCACAGGUGGUGCACAAAAUUGCUGUGGUAAACUUAUAGCUUAUAGAGUAUAUAAAUGUAUUAUUUCUUCAAAUUAA